CGAGUGGGAGAACAAUGCAGUCUUCACUUUCAACUUUCAAGCAUAAGAUGUCAAAAGACGAAGGUAAAAUUAACCGAGAAAUGUUGAUGCUACAAAAAAAUCAAGCUCGUGGAACUAGAGCAAGCUUGAACCAAUUUGACACAAGAAAGCGUCUGAUUGUUGGCACUAAACCCACCCUCCCUGAUCUGAAUGCAAAACUUUGUUCCGACUCGGAAGAAGAAGAAGAAACAAUUAAGAAUCUCACAAGUCUUACACCACAAGCUGCACAUUAUGGUCUUCCUAAGCUUUUGUUCGACCUUGAGGUCGAGAUCUUUGCCCGUGUUUCAUGUUUUCAAUAUUGGAAACUUAACUUUCUCAACAAGCAGUUCUCGCAACUGCUACGAAAUCGUGAGAUUUUUAAAGUGAGACGAGAACGCGGACUUGUGCAACCAUAUGUGCUUAUGUUUUGGAGCGGUGAAACUUGUUGGGCAAUGUUUGAUAAAGGUUUCAAGAAUUUCCGACAACUUCCAGAAAUUCCUUCUGACUUUUGUUUCUUUUCUGGAGAUAAGGAAACGAUUACUGCGGGUACGCAUUUGAUAGUCAUCGGAAGAGAGAAAGAGCGUAUUGUGGUGUGGCGAUAUGAGCUAGAGAUAAAUAAGUGGAUCAAAGAUAAUGAAAUGAUCACACCGCGGGUCAUGUAUGCUUCCGCAAGCCGUGGGACCGAUGCAUUUUUCGCUGGAGGAAUUAAGACAGGCGAAAAGGGAGUUUCUAAUGUUGUGAACAUUGCUGAAAGAUACAAUUCCGAUACAAAAACGUGGAAAGCGAUGAAAGCAAUGCACAAGCGAAGAAAAUUCAGCUCGGGAUGUUUCUUGCGUGGUAAGUUUUACGCUCUUGGUGGUCGGGAUGAGAAUGAUGUAUAUCUUACUUGUGGAGAAAGUUACGAUGAAUUAACAGAUUCAUGGAAGUUGAUACCAAACAUGCUCAAAGGCAUGACUUUCAUGAAUCCCCAAUCUCCGCCUCUCAUCGCGGUGGUCAAGGACAACCUCUACUUGCUGGAGACAUGGUUGAACGAGCUUUGGGUUUAUGAUAUAAACGCAAACGCAUGGAAAAGUCUUGGAGUUGUACCUGUGAAAGCAAAUGCAGCUUUAGGUUGGGGAGUUGCAUUUAAGUCAGUUGGAGAUAGGCUUUUGGUGAUUGGAGCUUCAGCUACUCAAUCGUGGGAUAACAACACAAUGUCAGUUUACACAUGUCGCCCAUCUCCAAAAGUGGAAAAGAUUAUUUGGGAGGAGACUCGUUGCGAUGGCGUUAAACUCAGCCAUUUUAUCCGUAACUGUUGUGUGAUGCUUGCUUAAGGUUUCUGAGCAACAUAUUGUGUUUAUGUUUUCGUUUUUAUGUUUGCGUUUUUGUGUUUAUGUUUCAAAUAAGUUGCGGCGAUCAUGAGGCCAAAACAUAAGUUAAAUUGUUGUUAUGUGUGUUUGUUUCUCUGUUUUGCAUUUGCGUCUUGGGUUUUAGACGGCAAAUCAUCUCAGAAAAAUAAAUAUAUGUCGUGUUAUUAAUUUAAAAGUUUUGUGUUUAUAUGCAAAAGAUUAUAAUGUCGUUUAUGUUUUAGAAGCUUAUUUUGCAUAUAUUUAUCAUAG